UUUUCUGAAGGAGGCCGGGCCUAGUGCGGGCGUGGAGGCCUGCCUCUUUUCCGGGCUGUGGCGGCGAGGCGAGGCCGGGGCGAGCGGUCCUCCGGGCGGGAGGGCGGCAGCAAGGCCGGCUGUUGCUGCUUCUGCCUGGGCGGCGCCAUGAAGGGCAAGGAGGACAAGGACAAGGAGAAAGACAAGGACAAAGAGAAGGAAGGCGCGGGGCUGGCCGGGCCCGGGCUGGGACUGGGCGGCGGAGGAGGAGGCGGAGGCGGCCUGGUGGGCGGCUUGGGCUUAGGCCCCGGCGGAGGCGGCGGAGUGGGAGGGGGCCACAGCCCCGAGAAGAGCCGAUCCGCCCAGGAGUACAAGGAGCAGGGGAACCGCCUCUUCGUGGGCCGCAAGUACCCCGAGGCCGCCGCCUGCUAUGGGAGGGCCAUCAAUCGGAAUCCUUUGGUGGCCGUCUACUACACCAACCGGGCCUUAUGUUACCUGAAGAUGCAGCAGCACGACAAGGCCUUGGCCGACUGCAAGCAUGCCCUGGAGCUGGACAGCCAGUCGGUGAAAGCCCACUUCUUCCUGGGCCAAUGCCAGAUGGAGAUGGAGAACUAUGACGAGGCCAUCGCUAAUCUUCAAAGAGCCUACAACUUAGCCAAAGAGCAACGUUUGAACUUUGGGGAUGACAUUCCAAGCGCUCUGCGGAUCGCCAAGAAGAAGCGUUGGAACAACAUUGAGGAGAAACGGAUCAACCAGGAAAAUGAGUUGCAUUCCUAUCUUACCAAACUUAUCCUAGCGGAGAAAGAAAGGGAGUUAGAUGAAUGCCGGCAGGCACAGGAAGAGGAGAAUGUGGACGAAAACCGAAGCCGGGCACAGCUGGCCAACAUUGAAGCCAAACAUGAGAAAUACCUUGCAGACAUGGAUGAAUUAUUCUCCCAGGUGGAUGAGAAGCGGAAGAAACGGGACAUCCCUGACUAUUUGUGUGGGAAGAUCAGCUUUGAACUGAUGCGAGAGCCCUGCAUCACACCCAGUGGCAUUACCUAUGACCGGAAGGACAUAGAAGAACAUCUUCAGCGUGUCGGCCACUUUGACCCGGUGACCCGAAGCCCCUUGACCCAGGACCAGCUGAUCCCCAACCUGGCCAUGAAGGAGGUGAUAGACGCGUUCAUAUCCGAAAACGGCUGGGUAGAAGAUUACUAAUGACUCUCGGAGGGGAGGGAAAGAGGCCAGGUGUGCCCGGCUGCCGACUGCUUUGGAUGGCUCUGAACUCGCUGGGCCAGCAGCAGCCCCAUGCCUUACUCUCGUAUUUAUCUGUCUGCCUGCCUGUGCCCAUUCUUUUGGCAGCGCCUGGGCUCUGUUGGCUCUGGGAAGCGAGGGCCAGAGAGCUCCGAGGCCUCCCAGUUUCCUUGGCUUCUUUUUGUGGCUUGGUAAGAUGGGCAGAAGGAAGGCUUUGGCCUCAGCCUUGAUGCAGCAGAGACACCUGGGCAGGCCUUAAAGAAGCAAGGCAAAGAGGGAGGCCCAAGGGCACCCUUUGGAACCCGUCAUGGCCCACGAAGGACAAUCCCACGGUGCCCAAGCCGUGCCUGCGUCCCUUCACUUGGCACACAUCUCCCUUCCAUAACAAUGCUGCUGAUGUCGUCGGGUCCGGCUCCUGUGGUAAGCGAAAUGCCAGAGAGGCCGGAUCCAUCUCCUUCCUCCAGUCCCCAGCUUGGCUUUGAGCUGUCAUUUCUCGCCUGCUUUCUCUCUCUCUCUUUCUCUCUGUACAAAGGUUUUAUUUUUUGUUUCCUCUUUCCAUUUAUUCCUGCCUGUUCAGGAUAAGCUGGGUGGAUUCUUUUUCCAUCUGUUUUUUCUUUCUUUCUUUGUAAAUAAAUAUCAGGGAGGGAGGGGAAGUGGGCACACCAAGAGAUAUUAUUCUGCAGGUGUCUACUGGAAUUUGGGUUUUGUUGGGAUCAGCAGUUUUCCUGCUUGCGUGCCCAUUAAGUUCCUUCCAGGUAGUUGUUUUAUCCAUUAAACCACUCAAAAAGAACAUUUUGGGGGUUGCUUUCAAUUAAAUGUUUCCCCUUUAAUAAGUCAUUUUGCAGUAUUUCCAAGGUUGUGCUAACUCAUGCGCCCGGAUUUCUUUUGCCUCAUGAAAGGUGUGUUGCGACUGCAUUAUAUAGACUCCUGAAGCAUUGAUUGUUGGUGAGGAUAAGGAUUUAACAUUUCCUCCUAAGAACUCCUCGGUGGAGGAAAUCCGUUGUCAACCUACUUAACAACUAAAAAAUGUCACGUCUGCUUCGGUGCAUUUUCGUAUGCAUCUGCACUGUAAAAUGAUUACAGAUUGGCACCACCUUAAUGGCUAUGGCUCAUUGCGAGGCAAUCCUGGGAGUUGCAGUUUGUCUGUAUCUUUAGCUUUCUCUACCAAAGUGAUGUGCCUCAGCAAACUACAACUCUCAGGAUUCCAUAACAUUGCACCACAGUUUACACGAUGUCAAACUGAACUAAUUCUACAGUGUAGGCACACCCUUAGUUGGUCACAAAAUGGCAUGGGAUGUUUUUUGCCCCAUUAAAUGUGAAAAAUGGCCCAUUUUGGUGCAAUCAGAGUUAAGAGGACAGGGCGGAACGGGAUGCGUAUCGAGCGGACUUUUGUGAGCUCGUUUGAAGCUUUGUCCGGCUAAAUAAAGCAAAUGAUCUGAGCCAGAACUUCAAA